GGCUUCUAAGAACUUUACCUUUGUCCUUCACGUUGACAUUGACUUUUUAUUCCGAAGGCUAGCUAAAACUUACUUUCCAAUUUCUACCUCCUCCAUCUAUCAGAUCUGGAAAUUGGAAUUCCUCUUUGCGUUUGCCAUUCAUUAAGAUAAAUCAUCCAUUUAGCAUGGAGAUUGUGACGAAGGUUGCAGAAGGACUAAUAAAUUAUGAGGGCAUUCAUGAAAAGAUGAAGAACCUAAAAAGGAAAUGCGACCAUUUAAAGGAUAGAGAAGAAGACGUCAAGGCAGAGCUCGAAUAUGCAGAAGGCUUAUCGUUGAAAAAACGAAGGAAAGUAGUUGAAAAUUGGUUGACAAAUGUUGCAAGCAUAAAGAAUGAAGUGGAGAUGAUGGAGCAACAAGUUCGUGAAAGCAGCAGACGUUCUUCAUAUUGGCAACUUCAUCCGAAGAUAGCAAGAUUGACAGAACAAGUGACAGAACUCAAUCAGCAAGGUCAAUUUCCUGGUGGGCUUACACUUGAGGUACAUGGCAACCAACAGAAUGAGUUAAUUACAGCAAGAUUGAUUGGUCAAAAAUUCCAGCAACAUAAGGAUGAGAUAUGGGAAGGAUUGAGGAGGAAUGACAUGUCAAAAAUUGGUGUAUGGGGAAUGGGGGGAGUUGGAAAAACAACCUUGCUUACCCAUAUUCACAAUGAACUAUGUGCUCAUCAAGACUUCUUUGUUGCUUGGGUGACUGUGUCACAGAAUUUUAGUAUUCAGAAACUGCAGAGUGACAUUGCAAAAGAAAUGGGGUUCACACUAGAAAAUGAUAAUGAUGAGAGGAAAAGGGCUGCGGAGCUAGUAAGGCGCUUGAGAAAUAUGAAGAACUUUGUGCUCAUCUUAGAUGAUGUGUGGCAACAUUUUCCACUAGAUAGGGUGGGAAUUCCUGCUGCUGAAAAUGGAUGUAAGUUGAUUUUAACAAGUCGGUCCUUGGAGGUUUGUCGAAGAAUGGAUUGCGAAAAGAAUGUCCUAGUGACGCCACUUUCUGAGAAUGAAGAUUGGGAGUUAUUUACUGAGAAACUUGGGCAUGGCAGAGCACUUUCUCCUGAAAUCGAACCCAUUGCAAAGUCACUCACAAAAAAAUGUUGUGGUUUACCUCUUGCCAUUAUUACCAUGGCACGAUCCAUGAAAGGGGUGGGAGACAUAGCUGAGUGGAGAGAUGCACUGGAAAAAUUGAAAGAACCAGUGGCAGAGCGUAAUGAUGAUAUGGGAACUGAGGUAUUUCAAGUAUUGAAGCACAGCUACGAUCAGUUGAAAGAUCCGAAAGUGGAACAGUGUCUUUUAUAUUGCUCAUUGUUUCCUGAAGACUAUAUAAUUGACAGAGAAAAAUUGAUUGAGCAUUUUAUUGAUGAGGGAUUCGUUGAUGGAUUGAGGAAUAGGCGGGCAGGAUUGGAUAGGGGCCACACCGUGUUGAACAAACUUGAAAAUGUUUGCUUAUUGGAAGCCGUUAUAAAAAAAUACGAUGGAAAAAGGUAUGUGAAGAUGCAUGAUUUGGUAAGAAGCAUGGCCAUCCAAACUGGAAGAGCUUUUCAAUUUUUAGUAGAAGCUGGAGAACAAUUGAGAGAGAUACCAGGAGAAGAAAAGUGGGCAGAGGAUCUUAAAAAAGUUUCUUUAAUGAAGAAUCUCUUAUCACAUAUUCCUUCUAGUAUGUCGCCAAAGUGUUCGAGACUUACAACACUGAUGCUAAAUCAUAAUUUCAGCCUAAAAGCCAUUCCAGAUUGUUUUUUCAGUCGUAUGCCUCAGCUCAGAGUUCUUGAUUUGUCUCGUACGGGGAUUAUAAAUCUGCCCACAUCAAUUUCUGAGUUGGUGAAUCUAAUUGCGUUAUGGCUUGAAGACUGUGGGAAAUUGACGUAUGUACCAUCUUUAGAAAAUCUCAAGGCAUUAAGGAGGCUGAACCUUAGAGAGACAGCUAUAACAGAAGUACCCCAUGGUUUGGAUAUGCUGUUGAAUCUGAGAUAUCUCAAUCUUGAUACAAAAAUAGAAGAGAUACCAGAUGGCAUUUUAUCCAAACUGUCUUGUCUUCAAUAUCUUGCAAUUGACGCUGAACUUCGUCUGGAGGAGAUAAUGGAGUUGAGUAAGCUUGAAACAUUUAUAGGGGCCUUUUAUGAUAUGAACAACUUUAACACGUAUGUAAGAUGGAGAGAAGAAAAUGGGGGCCCCAGUAAUUAUGUACUUCGGUUGGAAAAGACGGAGCUGACAGUGGGAUAUGAUUAUUUAUUAGCAUCCGGGAUAUGUAAAAGCAAUGGUAGAGAUGAGAGACAUGUAUUUUUAUCAGGAUGCGAGAUAAGUAAAAGCAAAGGUAGAGAAGACUCAUUUGUGCUCCCUGAAGAUGUUCAAAUUCUGGUAAUGCGAAACUGCAACGAUACUGCCAGUUUAUGUGAUAUUCCGUCAUUGCACAAUGCUACCAAGUUGAGUACGUGUAAGAUUCGUGGAUGUCAAGGGAUGGAACAUGUUGUUUGUUCAUGCUGUAGCGUUCCUCUCAUUCAAUAUCUUGACUCAUUAUUCCUUUUUGAGGUGAAGGAGUUGAGGGCUUUGAUUGGGGCAGACAGAUGUUGUGCAUCUGCAUCUGCAUCGUCAAAUCUACUCCAAUCUGACAUGUUUUCCUCUCUUCAACUGCUUUUUAUAAGGAAAUGUCCAAAAAUAAAGAGGUUGUUCAUGCGUGAUCUGCUACCUAAUCUUAAGAACCUAGUCGAAUUGGAUGUUAGAAAUUGUGAGAAUAUGGUGGAAAUAAUAGGAGAAGCAUCAGAUGAAGAUGACGAUGAUGAGAACCAGGAAGCAGUAAGUACAACUUGUAGUAGUGUUACAUACUCUCUCCCCAAAUUAACUGUGCUCUGUUUGGAUCGGCUUCCAAAAUUGAAGAGAUUUUGUACUAGUAAAAUAGUUUUUGACUCUCUCAAAAAGGUUGAAAUAUGUCGAUGUCCGAAGCUGUCCUUCAAUGGAGAUAGAAUACAUGUUGAAAUAUCCAACUGGCGGACACAUAUAUAUAGUGUGGUCAAUUCUCGCAUAGGUGAGAAAAUAGGAGAGGAAUCUCGCAUGCUGGGGACAUUUUUUAAAAAUAAUUUGUAAUUUUAGAUUUUGAAAUUCUAGCUUUCUUCAUACGCUUUUAUUUAUUUUGGUCUUUUAGAAAUGAGUAUGCAGUUUCUUACCAAUCAUUUUGAAGCAAUUAAUGUUUGAAUUUUUUGUACUCUUUCUUUUUUGUUCGCAAUUUUUUUUUUUUUUAUUUUGGGUAAAUGUCAAUGACAUUGAGAAGAAAGGGUCAAUACAUCGGCAAUAAUUAAUAUUUUAA